CGGGGGGGGCGCGGCGCUGGGGCCGCUGCGGUAGAGCGCCUGGCGCGCCUGUUACCUGUGACCGCUCACCCAGCAGCUGAGGCGGGAUGCUGAGCCUGCUGGAGGUCGGCGGGUUCGUGCUGGAGCGGGUGGCCACGGGCAGCUCCUUCUCCCUGGUGCUGGUUGCCUCCGCCUGUGUGCUGAGCCUGGGCUACCUGCUGCGUCUGGGUUCCCGGCGCCAGCCGUGGCCCGGUGAAGGGAAACACCCACCUUAUAUUUCGUCUAAUAUCCCUUUUCUUGGACAUGCAGUAGCAUUUGGAAAAAGUCCUAUUGAAUUUUUAGAAAAUGCCUAUGAAAAGUAUGGGCCUGUGUUUAGCUUCACUAUGGUGGGCAAGACAUUUACCUACCUACUGGGUAGCGAUGCUGCUGCUCUAAUAUUCAACAGUAAAAAUGAAGACCUGAAUGCAGAGGAUGUAUACUCUCGACUGACCACACCAGUCUUUGGCAAGGGAGUUGCUUAUGAUGUACCUAACCCGGUGUUUUUGGAACAAAAGAAAAUGCUAAAAACUGGGCUGAAUAUAGCUCAGUUUAAACAACACGUACCAGUAAUUGAAAAAGAAACAAAGGAGUACUUCAAAUCCUGGGGAGACAGUGGAGAAAGAAAUUUGUUUGAAGCUCUUUCAGAGCUCAUUAUUUUGACAGCAAGUCAUUGUUUACAUGGGAAGGAGAUCAGAAGCUUACUCAGUGAGAAGGUGGCACAACUGUAUGCUGAUCUGGAUGGGGGAUUUACUCAUGCAGCUUGGCUUCUGCCAGGUUGGCUUCCUUUGCCUAGCUUCAGACGUAGAGACAGAGCACAUAGAGAAAUAAAGAAUAUUUUCUAUAAAGUAAUCCGGAAACGUCGGCAAUCUGGGGACAGGGAAGAUGACAUGCUCCAAACAUUGCUGGAUGUUACCUAUAAGGAUGGCCGUCUGCUGACAGACGAUGAGAUUGCAGGAAUGCUUAUUGGGUUGUUGUUAGCAGGCCAGCAUACCUCUUCUACCACCAGUGCUUGGCUUGGCUUCUUUUUAGCUAGAGACAAAUCAAUACAGGAACAAUGCUAUGCAGAACAGAAAACAGUUUGUGGAGAAGACUUGAAGCCCCUAAAUUAUGACCAGCUGAAGGAGCUGAACAUGCUGGACCGCUGUCUGAAAGAAACUUUAAGGCUUAGACCUCCUAUAAUGACCAUGAUGAGAAUGGCCAGAACUCCCCAGACUGUUGCUGGCUAUACUAUUCCUCCUGGCCAUCAGGUUUGCGUAUCUCCCACAGUUAAUCACAGACUUAAGGAUUCCUGGAUAGAAAGUUUAGAAUUCAAACCUGACCGUUACCUCCACGAUAACCCUGCAGCUGGAGAGAAGUUUGCAUAUGUGCCAUUUGGUGCUGGCCGUCAUCGUUGCAUCGGAGAAAACUUUGCUUAUGUUCAGAUUAAGACUAUUUGGUCUACUCUGCUUCGUUUAUAUGAAUUUGAUCUCAUCAAUGGAUAUUUUCCUACUGUAAACUAUACAACUAUGAUUCACACACCUGAUAACCCAGUUAUCAGAUACAAAAAGCGAUCACACUAAGUUUGAGACAAAAUUAUUUCUCUAUUUAAAUAAAUUGACACAAUUAAAUGGUUAAUAGAAAAGCUGGUCCAUUGGAUGUGUAGUGUUACGAAAGUGAGGUUAAUUUAGCUGUAAAAUGUGAAAUUGUUGUACACUGCACAGUACUGUACAUUCUAAAUUACACAACUAAAAAAGAAAGUGUCUGGUUAACAAUUUUAAGAUGGAUGCUCCAUAUCAGUAUAGGUGAAUCCAACUGGUCAGUCAAAUUUUAGGACAGGUGAACAUCUAAUUUUUUUUUGCAAGCUUAAAUUUUAAUUGGUGCUUUUAAAAAACCUAUUUUCCUUGAUUCAGCUACUUUAAGGGGCAAGACUAUGCUCUCAUGGACAUCCAUGGGAACUGAUGUGUAUUUUAAUGUGAACAAGUUGGAACCUGCUCACUUUGCAGAUUUUCAGCCCUAUCUAUGUUUGGAGAAGUGAACACUUUUCAUGAGAAUGCUUGAUAGUUCUUUAUAUAAAAAUUGCCAUGGGUUUUAAUCUAGAAAACCAUAAUAUUUUCAAAUGUGACAAGUGAUUUAAGUGCUCAUCUUGAGACAGUUUUUAAGGGUUGGGAUUUUCAGAAAGUGCUGAACUGUCAACUCUCUGAAAAUUAGUUUCAUUUUAAAUUAUGUAAAAUUAGUCACACUUGAAAGUCUUGGUUUCAGUGCAAAGAUUAGCAGUAGAACCUUACAAAUCCAGAAUUAAUAGUUAAGAGUAAGCAGAGCAAGGCAGUUGUAUCCCAUGUAUAUCUGAGAAGUGUAGUUUCUUUAACUCUGUUCAUUUUGUACUAAAGGAAGUGAAUGAAAACUAGUGUGUACUACUGUAUUAACUAGGAGUAUAUCCAGUGUUUAGAAUGAUGUAGAGGGAAGAAUGGGUACUAUAAAAACUUGUUUUAAGAACUGCCUGCUGUUUGGGGGACAAAGUCCUAUUAAUAGCCAACCUUCUGCAACCCUUUACUAUUAAAUCUUGGCAACCACUGAAGCUGUUCACAAAGAGGCACAGUGAAUUAAUAAGGUUCUUCUCCCAUAAUUCACAUGGGAAGGGGUAACUUAUUUCAGGACUGUUAAAUGUUGUACUUGUGUAGUAGAAAAUAGCUCUGAUGUGACUUGCAGAAAUUUUUCAUUAAAAUUUAUAAACUUA